CUCCUCCUCCUCCUCCUCCUCCUCCUCCUCCACCUCCCCCUCCCCCUCCUCCUGCGAUUCUGCCCAAAUUCGCUAAAUGGGCUCCGUGGCUCGGCCGAGGUUUCCACAGCAACUGGCCAUCCGCUUCCAUUAUUUUUCUAAUGAGGACAUCGGCGCGGAUCUAGCACGGUUCCUCGCUGCGCGUCUCUGAUUUUCGGGCUGAAUCUCCAGACGCGUCAAAGGUCUGCACAUGGGGGCGGGCAAGAGCAAGCCCAAGGAGCCGGGCCAGCGCUCCAUGAGCCUGGACGGCACUAUAGGCACGGGCUCCGACAGCGGGCACUUCCACCACCUGGGCCCCGCCCAGCAGACCCAGACCCCCAACAGGAGCCCCGCCGUGGGGACGGGCAGGCGAGGCCAUCAAGGGCAGCACCAGCACGCCCCGACAAACACCCCCGAGCUGGCUCUGUUUGGAGGGGUGGACCACACCGGAACGGUCACCUCACCCCAGAGAGGACCGCUGUCAGGAGGCGUUACUACUUUCGUGGCACUGUAUGACUAUGAGUCACGGACGGCGUCUGAUCUGACCUUUAGGAAAGGCGACCGGCUGCAAAUUGUCAACAACACGAAAAAGUACAGCUUCAGAGAAGGAGACUGGUGGCUCGCCCGCUCCCUGACGACAGGAGAGAGUGGUUAUAUCCCCAGCAACUAUGUGGCUCCGUCUGACUCCAUCCAGGCAGAAGAGUGGUAUUUUGGGAAGAUCACUCGGCGUGAUUCAGAGAGGCUCCUUUUGAACCUGCAGAACAGACGAGGAACCUUCUUGGUGAGAGAGAGCGAGACCACUAAAGGCGCGUAUUGUCUGUCGGUGUUGGAUUAUGACAACACCAAAGGACUGAAUGUGAAACAUUACAAGAUCAGGAAGCUGGAUAGCGGAGGUUUCUACAUCACUUCUCGCACCCAGUUCACCAGCCUCCAGCAGCUAGUCUUCCACUACCGCAAGCACUCGGACGGGCUGUGCCACGCUCUAACGGACGUUUGUCCCGUGGCCAAGCCUCAGACCCAGGGACUGGCCCGGGACGCCUGGGAGAUUCCCAGAGAGUCCCUCCGCCUCGACCUGAAGCUGGGACAGGGCUGCUUUGGAGAAGUCUGGAUGGGUACGUGGAAUGGCACGACACGGGUAGCCAUUAAGACCCUGAAGCCCGGCACCAUGUCCCCAGAAGCCUUUCUCCAGGAAGCACAGGUCAUGAAGAAGCUGAGGCACGAGAAGCUCGUCCAGCUGUACGCUGUCGUGUCCGAGGAGCCUAUCUACAUCGUAACAGAGUACAUGAGCCAAGGAAGCUUGCUGGACUUCCUUAAAGGGGAAGCGGGGAAAAUGCUUCGUCUGCCUCAGCUGGUGGACAUGGCCGCUCAGAUUGCAGCUGGUAUGGCCUACGUAGAGAGGAUGAACUACGUCCACAGGGAUCUGCGUGCCGCCAACAUACUGGUGGGAGAUAACCUGGUGUGUAAGGUGGCCGACUUCGGUCUAGCAAGACUCAUUGAAGACAAUGAAUACACUGCAAGACAGGGAGCCAAGUUCCCAAUAAAAUGGACAGCGCCAGAAGCGGCGCUCUACGGCCGUUUUACCAUCAAAUCCGACGUCUGGUCCUUUGGGGUGCUGCUCACAGAGCUGGCAACUAAAGGAAGAGUUCCUUAUCCAGGUAUGGUUAACCGCGAGGUGCUGGACCAGGUGGAGCGCGGCUACAGGAUGCCUUGCCCAGCGGAGUGCCCCAGCUCGCUGCACGAGCUCAUGCUGUCCUGCUGGAGGAAGGACCCCGAGGAGAGGCCGACGUUCGAGUACUUGCAGGGCUUCCUAGAGGACUACUUCACCUCCACAGAACCCCAGUAUCAGCCUGGGGAGAACCUAUAGAACCACACACUGAAGCUGAACCUGUGGUUGGGGUCUUGUGGG